UGACUUUGACGCUGUGUAGCCCACGACGUCGGAGAUCGCCUAGCAGUGCGCCUUGGCUGAUGCGGUAUUAACAACGCUUCCUGCGCCCUGUGCAUGAACCCGCCGCCCCUCUUUGUAGCCCCGUUCCUUGCACUACCGGCAGCAAGGCAGGCAUCCCACCGAGCACCUGGUAUUCCAUCCGGGUCGCCGCCCUUACCAUCCUCGGACAGAGCCGUGUGCGCCUGGCCUCCUGACUGUUUAAGACCGCCAACCCGCCCCACACACCACACCCGAAACUGAUGAAAGCCACAAGCCAGGAUUCGAGCCACAUAGCGCAAGGAUAUUGUGCCGCUGAGGAGAAGCCACUCCCUCUCCCUUGUAGAUAGACGGGUACUAUCUGUAGGUAAUGGUAAUUCAUGGACGUCGAGAUCAUGGCCAGUGGCAGAACUGGCUUCCCCCUCUUGGCACAGCGAAUCUCGCUGAGCCCCGACUACGAGUCGUUCAUCUUCCGCAAGUUCGACCGCCUGAGUGCCCGCAACCUGCUGCACCUCGAGGGCAAGCUGGCCUACCUGGAGCAUAAGCUCGAUCAAGCCGAUGAACAAGCGGCGUUACCUACUGCCGACAACGAGGCUCGCCGCUCGGUUCGCGCAUGGGAGGCUUUCGAGGAGAACGCCGCAAACCCAGACCGGCCCGAGCAUAUGCACAUGAAGCUCGCCGAGCAGGUCCACGAAACGCUCAAGGAAUACCCGGCUCUCGAAGCGCCAAAGAAUCGGGCGUUUGACGUCGCACACAACCAAUUUUACGAGGACAUCAACGACGAAUUUGGCCACACCAAGCGACAGCGGCCUCUCCUCGCUGGCCUUGCCGAGUGUCGACUAGAGGAAGGUAACCGCCGCGACCUGGUGGCAGUACGACGGCCAGCCGACAAGGAUCUUCUUUCCCGGUUCCUGCAAGACCAUUGGAUAUUCAAGGUCUGA